CUUCCAGUUCCUCUGCAAGGCGUUCGUGGGGGUGAUGCCGUCGGUGGGGGCUCUCGGCACGGCGGCGGCAUCACCGUUGACACCCGGGGCUCUCCGGGUCACGUCGACCCCGCGGGCGCCUACGGCGCCACCUACUUGGGGAGUCUUCCAGGGCUUCGCGCUCUGGCGUAACCCCCCGAAGUCCAACUCACCGGCGGGUGCCAGCAAGAGGGCAAGGAGCGAUUCCCCGCCCGGCACACCAAGCAAGAGGGCGUGCGCCGAAGCGAGCGGCGCCGCCGACCCCACCGCCGCAGGGGUUGGUAGCGCUGCGAUCACGCCCCCUGACGGCCCAGCCCCCACGGAGGCAGGGCCGGCAACCGGUAUGUCUUCGUUACUUCUCCGCAGCUACGAUUUUUUUUAGCCAAACUCAUGAACGUACCUCUUUUCGCAGUGAGCGGCAGCUCGCCCGCGGCAAGCCUCUUGGACGCUCUCGCCGGUGCAGGCGAGGCAGGAGAGGCUCCCCCCGCAAGCCUGACAGCCGUGCAAGGCACAAGUGCGCCUACAUCUGGAACGGGCGCGACCGUGGUCGAUCUUGACCCGGUCGCCGAAGCCGCGGGGGCGGAGGUGGAGCCAGAACCGGCUCUCACGUCAAGCCCCGCCGUGGCGGAGACAGUGGCCGCGGUGGACACCGCCGCCGCUGUGACGGCGCCCGGCGACGCGUCCGCAGCUGUGGACGCGACUGGCGCGGGCUCACCUGCUGCCCAGCAGGGGACAGCCCCCGCCGGGAGCAAGGAGGCUUCCCUAGUCCCGGGGUCCCUGGGCGCAAGCGCAGGUGAAGUUGCCGGGGAAGGACAGCAAGACCCCCGGGAGCAGGCUGGCGAUCCCGCGCACAGCCCCACAUCGGCAGCGGGGGCUUCGUCGUCCUCGGCUGCUCUCCCCAGUACCGACCUCGGCACCCUCGCCGGGGUUGCUUGGAACCCCCUCACCUGGGAUCCGAGCAUCUUCGAGCAGGGGCACCGGUUCCUGGACGCCGUUAGGGACCAGCAACAGGCCUUCGUCACCUCCUUCAAUGAGGUGAGGGAGCACCACGCUGCCGCCAAGAACCAGCUCGGCGAGUGUGGGAGGCUGUGGAGAGAGAACGGUGAGAAUUGUCCCGGCUGCACGAGGAGACGCGCUUCGUCGAGGAGGAGGCGCGACUGGCCCGGCAAGCCCUGGAGGACGUCUGGGAGCCGGUGGUCCCGGAGGCCGAGCUCCACCGGCAGCUGGAGGCCUAGCGCAUGGAGCUCCAGGGGAGGCUCAACUCAAUGGCGGCCACCCUCGAGGCGACCAGGAAGUAACAUGCCGAGGUGGUCGCUGCUGCCCAGAUCCGGCUGGACGAGAAGAGUGUCCUGAUCACCAACUACCGCGGCGAAAUCCAAGGCCUUUGCGUCAUGCUGGAGGUGCAAGUCAAGGCCACCGAAGACGCGGUGGGAGCGGCGCCUUGGCAUGAGACCGAGCUUGGCUCCGCCAAGGACAGAGCGGCCAGGCUUGAGACCGAGCUUGCCGCCGUCCGGGAGGAGCUUGCCAAGGCCGGCAACGAGAUCGCGGUGAAGACCGCGGAGCUCGCGGCGACGGAAGGCAAUGUCCGCAAGGCUAAAAAGGCCGCGCACGACGCUCGACUCCAUCACGGCACGCUGAUCGGGCAGCGGCAGAUCGAGACGGAGAAGCUGCUGAAGAUCGCCCAAGCGCUGCGCGACCUGCUGCCCAAGUUUGAGCUGCAGGCAGCGGAAGUGGAUGGGACAGAUGUCACGACGCUGAUCCCCUUCUUCUCCGAUCUCCCCGCCGACCCCCCGGCCGAAGACGGCGGUGACUAGUUGCCGCAACCCCCAGCCGUGCUUGUUGCUCAUCGAUGUAUCUUCUUUUGUUUGCUUUCCCUGCAAGUGUGGCGCUUAGCGCCGUUUGAGCAAUUAUACUUCAGAUUCGCCCAUGUAAUCGUUCGACUCUUAGUCAAUUAAGUUUUUCGACAUGUCCA